AGUUGUGGCCAUAAAGGUAGAUAGGCCCACUAGUAUAGUAGCAGACACAACUUAGUGUUGCUCAUACAGCGCUGCAGUCCUAAAUAGAGUGAGUUCUACUUUCAUGUAAACUAUGUGUGUAGUUGGGACAGGAGUGAAAGUCCCUGUAAAUGUAUUUUUGCUGGUAUAUUUUGCAUUGCUUGUGGAUUUGACUUGGACCCUGGGACAAUUGAGAGGCACAGGAUUCACGUUUAUAUUACCGGCUGGCAGAACAGAAUGCUUUUAUCAAACCACAUUGAAGGAUUGGACAAUGGACGUAGAAUACCAGGUAAUAGCCGGGGCCGGUUUGGAUGUCGGCUUCACCCUCCUCUCCCCCAGUGGACACCGGAUAGUCGCAGACUUCAGGAGCUCCGAAGGCAUCCACACAGUGGAAUCCGCGCAGGACGGCGACUAUCGGCUGUGUUUCGACAACAGCUUCAGCACGCGGUCGGAGAAAAUGGUGUUCUUCGAGGUGAUCGUUGACAGCCAGGGAGACCGCGGCAGAGAGGACGAGGCCUGGGGGGAGGUGGAUGCCACGGACAGUUUGGCUGAGUACAAGAUGGAGGACAUCAGGUCGACUAUGGACUUUGUUCACCGAUGUCUAGAGAGGAGCCGGCACUUCCAGAACCUUCUGAGGACCAUGGAGGCGCGGGACCGCUACCUGCUGGAGGACAACCUGUGGAGAGUGUCCUUCUGGUCCUGCCUCAACCUGCUCGUCAUGCUGGCGGUGGCCUCCACGCAGAUCUACACGCUGCGGAGGCUCUUCGACGACAAGAAAAGGACCUUCACGUAGUCAUAGUAUUUUGUUCAGUUGUGUCUGUGUCAGUGAUUAAUUGCCGUCUUAGAUAUUGGUUCUGGCCGAGGUGUGUGUAACGUCAAUAUAGUCACAGGCCUAUUCCUCUCCUGAUCUCAGAGGUGUGAUUCUCUGAAAAGCUCUGCACCGCUAGUGUAGACACGAGUAGGAGGCCUGUAGGGCGAGGUGCGAUAUAUCCGCCUCACACUCACCACUCAGAAACGUAACACUGUGAAUAUGGGCAUUUGUUUAUCGGAUCUUCAAACCGACCAUUAUUUAAAUAUUUAAGAUGCAUUAAAGAACAAAUUUGUUUUUGCUUUAAUAUAAUUUAAGAUGUUCAUUCUCAUUUUAUUUUAUAAUAGGCUACCAAAAUGACUCAAAAUAAAAACCUUUGUUUACCCCAGAGUAGGCCUAAAAAGUCUAAGUGGUUGAAGGCACGUAACAAAACUGCCACAAACAAGAUGUAGGUAUUUACAAAAAUGUCUAACUAUUGAUCUAAUUUGUACACAGCUGUCCUCUCUCUCUGGUGGAGUUCCAAGCAGGUUGCCCACAACAAGUCAGAUUUAUACCAUCAGUUACCCUUUCAGGAUAAUAGUUUGUAUGGAAAACCGUUUUACAUAAUGAAACUUCUGAAAGUUGUACAGGCACACAUUUUGACAAUUUUAUAACAAAUUCUUAUAUUUCUACAUCACAUAGCUUUCCUCAACAACCCUGUUCACCAUUUAUCGGAGGCCCAUACCUUUAUAUUGAAAUGGCCAAAUAUUAUUAUUUAAAUAAUUGAGAAGCAAUCAUGUUUUAUAUACAAACUAAUCAACAUUUUUUGCCUCAGGAUCUAAAAAAAAAGGAAAACUAUAGGUUUACUUUCUCGUUUUCAAUUUUCGAAAACAAAAAAAAAAAACCUUUUUUACUUUUAAAUCCAAAGCAUUUGAUUCUGCCUUAUUUAAAAUGCAUGCAUUUCCGUAAUAAACAGCAGGCCUGUACAACAAUGUGAUUACUAAUGAGUGGUCAGACAGUGACAACCGCGCUUGACGGUAACUGCAAAGGCAUUGGUUUAAAUAUAUGGAAAACAUUGUAUUAUAUGUUUUCCAGAUCAGGCUUAUAGGCCUAACCUGUGUGCAAUAGCAUCCUUAACGGAGACCCGGGGAAGAACUGCAUGGCAUCGUUCUUUGGUGGGAAAUUGAGGUUAACGUCAUUUCUUCGGAUGUCUUGUCGUGGAUUGCAAAAUGGCGUCAUGUCGGGCAGGAAUCACCACUGGUUCCUUCGGGGAGCGGGGCGCCUGUUCAGGGACAACCGACCAAUGUUUAAUCAAUCUCUCUUCUCAUGAGCAGCUUCACAUUCAACACUCCAGACUCCAUUCCAUGUGGGGCUCAGGAGAGGAAACGCCCAUCCCACACACCGCCGCAGAGAAAACGCUUUAGUUAAACAUUCCCCU